AUGCAUCUUCGUUUACUUGCAAUUUUGUGUGGUGCUUGCUGCCUACUUACCGCUAGUGCCCUGAAACAUCACAUUCUGACUAAAAGCUGGGAUGAAGCACAGUCCGACUGUCUCGAGUAUCUGCGUAUCGAAUCAUCUGCUGCUUCAACGUCUUACCUCUCCCACCAGUACGGAGACGAUCAGGCGACGAAAGAGCUGAUGUUCUGCAUUCUACUCAAUCUGCGCGUCUUCGAAGCAACGCAAAACGUGCCGCGUGUUGAGUUGAUGCGUCAAUUCUUCACACCAGACGAGGGCGAUACGUUGCACGUGAACCGUACGAACGAAUGUCUACGGAGAGUUCAAAUCCCACUGAAGGAGAACAGUUCCUGCGGCUACAAACCAUACCUGAGUGCAAUCGAGUCGGCGAAUGGCUUAUUCCGAUGCUUCUACCAUUACUACGGCAAUCUGAACCGAAAUGCAGUGGAACUUCCGCCGACUGGCCUGGAACGGCAGCAGAUACGGCAAGAGUGUGCUAAGAUUGUCGGUAUACCCGAAGGUUUGCUUCGCUGUGGAUCGCAGCUGAAGGAUCAUCAUGUGUACAGCAGUUUUUCGCGCUGUGUGAUGCUAAGGAGUGGCACGACUGGAAUGGAGUUGGAUGAUAAUUCUAUAAACAGUUUAAAAGUGAUUUCUGAGUGA